AUGGCCUCGGUGUCCGUCGUGCUGCUACAGCGCUCCUCCUCGCGCGUCCGAGGAUAUAUACGGCUCCAGCGCAUCGCCAGCUCUUCAGUUACGUUGGUUUUGGAGGGCGAGGGGCAUUGGUGGUGGAGCAACAGCCGCGGCCGCGACGAGAGGUUUGGCGCAAGAACGGUGCACCAUAUGGCGGGAUCAGUAGAGGGGGAAAACGGCGGCGUGCCGGUGGGUGGUCAAGUUGCGAUGGCGCCGGGCGUGGUGACCGGCGGUGUGGAGGAUGCCUAUGGCGAGGACCGCGCGACCGAGGACCAGACUGUCACACCGUGGGCCGUCUGCAUCGCAAGUGGUCACUCCCUGCUGAGGGAUCCAAGGCACAACAAAGGGCUCUCUUUCACGGAGAAAGAGCGGGACACGCACUACCUGCGAGGAUUAUUGCCUCCGGUAGUGCUAUCUCAGGACCUCCAGGAGAAGAGGAUGUUGCAGAAUGUUAGGCAGUUCCAGGUCCCGUUGCAGCGCUACACUGCGCUAAUGGACCUUCAGGAGAGAAAUGAGAGGCUAUUUUACAAGCUCUUGAUUGACAAUGUCGAAGAACUGCUUCCUGUUGUGUAUACACCAACAGUGGGGGAAGCUUGCCAGAAGUAUGGGUCGAUCUUCAGACGACCGCAGGGUUUAUACAUCAGCCUCAAGGAGAAGGGAAGGAUCUUGGAGGUACUGAGGAACUGGACAGAGAAGAGUAUUCAGGUUAUUGUGGUCACUGAUGGUGAGCGCAUUUUAGGCCUGGGAGAUCUUGGUUGCCAGGGCAUGGGAAUUCCUGUGGGGAAGCUUGCACUGUAUACUGCUCUUGGAGGUGUACGGCCAUCCGCUUGCUUACCUAUUACCAUUGAUGUGGGAACAAAUAAUGAAGACCUACUGAAGGAUGAAUUCUACAUUGGCUUAAAGCAAAGAAGAGCAACUGGCCAGGAAUACUCUGAAUUUCUGGAUGAGUUUAUGGCCGCAGUUAGGCAGAACUAUGGACAAAAAGUUCUUGUCCAGUUUGAGGACUUUGCAAACCACAAUGCAUUUACACUUCUUGAGAAGUACAGGACAAACCAUCUUGUAUUUAAUGAUGAUAUCCAGGGCACGGCUGCUGUAGUUCUUGCAGGGAUUAUUGCUGCUCUGAAGUCUGUUGGUGGGACUCUAGCUGAUCAUACAUUCUUGUUCUUCGGUGCAGGAGAGGCUGGUACGGGCAUUGCUGAACUAGUUGCUCUCGAGAUAUCCAGACAGGCAAAUGUUUCAGUAGAAGAGGCUCGCAAAAAGAUCUGGCUGGUUGAUUCAAAGGGACUAAUUGUGGCCUCACGUGAAGAGACUCUCCAGCCAUUUAAGAAGCGAUAUGCACAUGAGCAUGAACCUGUCAAAGAUCUUUUAGGUGCUGUUAAGGCUAUCAGACCAACUGCACUCAUAGGAUCAGCUGGUGUAGGUCAAAGUUUCACUAAAGAGGUGAUUGAGGUUAUGUCUUCGAUUAAUGAGAGACCCAUUGUCCUUGCUCUAUCGAACCCGACGUCACAGUCUGAAUGUACUGCUGAACAAGCAUAUACAUGGAGUCAGGGGCGUGCCAUAUUUGGCAGUGGAAGCCCAUUUGAUCCGGUGAAAUAUAAUGACAAGCUGUUUGUGCCUGCCCAGGCAAACAAUGCAUACAUUUUCCCUGGGUUUGGUCUAGGGGUGGUGAUCUCAGGAGCCGUCCGGGUGUCAGACGAUAUGGUUCUUGCUGCUGCUGAAGCACUAGCGGAACAGGUAACCCCGGAGCAUAUUGAGAAAGGCCUGAUCUACCCGCCCUUCUCCAUCAUCAGGAAGAUUUCAGCUAACAUAGCUGCCCAUGUCGCCGCAAAAGCUUAUGAUCUCGGAAUGGCUACCCAGCUCCCUCGGCCAAAAGACCUGGUGAAGUACGCUGAGAGCUGCAUGUACAGCCCCGUCUACCGAUCGUACAGGUGA